UAAGCAGACUGUGCUGGGAAGAGACAUCAACAUGUGCAGUAGUUCAAAGAGAGUACGCUUUUAUAGAGUUAUACAUUCUUCCUUAAGAAAAAUUUAGCUCCCUAGACAAUAUGAAAACCAAGUAAAUAAACGGACACAAAGUGGUCAACGGGGAAUUACGUGCUGAUUUUGGGCUGAACUCAACGUUGCGCUCCGCCCCACAUUGAGCUCUGCAAGCUGCAGUCAGGGGUACUUGACUUACAUGUAAUUAAGUUGCGAGCAACAAUAUCUGGAGAUUAUCCUAAUGAAACGCAAUCGUGGGACCAUUUACAUCCUCAGGGGUUUACCAUACACGGGAAGACCCGGCAAAGCAAGGAAUGUGUGGCAGGAUGGUGGAGAGAUCAUCAGUUAUUUCGAUUAUUUUCGCAUAUAUCACAAUUCUCAGAUCAUUCCUAAGUAUCUUCACAAGGCACAUAUGUGGGCACGCAGGGAAGCCCUAGAAAAUAUAGAAAGAGGAGUGGAUCCAGUCAUCAUCAACAACCCCAACAUGCCCCUUUGGCACAUGUAUCCAUACGUCCGAAUGGCUUUUUUUCGUGGCUACUGGAUUGAAUUCAUUGAAACGGAAGACACCUGGGAUGUUCCUCUUGAGGAAUUAGAAAGGAGAGGUGGUGGUAAAAUUCCACUACCAAUACUGGAAGACAUGAAGGAGUCAUAUGAGCCAGUACGACAUGUCUUUGACGUCCUGUGUGACGAGUAUUCUCAAUAUAGAUGGAUUGGUAGUAAGGAAAUGACAUCUAAUGACUGGUGACCCUGCAGAGGGAAAAAUCUAUAUUCCACUUCCUUCAUGGGGGUGAAUUAUGAAAAGGAAUGAUCAGAUAUCAUGCAUCAUUCAUAAAGAAAUAAACUGUGACAUUUUAAACAA